AUGCGGUUGGGGGAAGGGUGUAGCUGGCUCGCCAGUGACUGCGGAUUACGGAGAGAUUGAACAUUGUUGGGGGUGCACUGGCAGUAUCUGGGAUUUAUACCGACAGGAAAACAGAACGAGGGGGAAGCUUGAUCGGAGACGGGGGCCAUUGUUCGAGUCUGGCGAGGAACAAAGGGGGCUUGCUUCCAUCGCUAACUGGCGUCCUCCCUUACUUUAAAUCUCUACGUAGAUUUUGAAAACUAAUAGUAAUAUAAAGAAAAAUAUUGCAAAACCUGGAGAGUAUCGAUCUGCUUCACUUAACGAUGCUUUUCGUUCAGUUUGGAAAGGAGAACUAAACUGACGACGGUGCAGAAGGUUCUGCAAAUUAGGAUAGCCAGCGAGCUAGGAUUUACCGAGCGGCGGUGUUGAAGCACCGCGCAUCGGUGCUAUUGGAACGCCGCGCUUCGGCGAACACUUCUCGGCAGGCUGUUCGUCUAAGUCGUUCAAGCUGUACUCCCCCAAGGAGCCCCCCAACGGCAGUGCCUUCCCCCCCUUCCAUCCAGGCAGCAUGCUGGACAGAGACGUGGGGCCGACGCCCAUGUACCCUCCUUCAUACAUGGAGCCAGGAAUGGGGAGACACACGCCGUAUGGAAACCAGACAGACUACAGGAUAUUUGAGCUCAACAAGCGACUACAGAACUGGACGGAGGACUGUGACAACCUGUGGUGGGAUGCCUUCACUACAGAGUUCUUUGAGGAUGAUGCCAUGCUCACCAUCACCUUCUGUCUGGAGGAUGGUCCCAAGCGCUACACCAUUGGCCGGACCCUGAUCCCACGCUACUUCCGAAGUAUCUUUGAAGGGGGCGCCACUGAGCUGUUCUACGUGCUCAAGCACCCCAAGGAGUCCUUCCACAGUAACUUUGUGUCCUUGGACUGUGACCAGUGCACCAUGGUCACCCAGAACGGCAAGCCCAUGUUCACACAGGUGUGUGUAGAGGGCCGUCUGUACUUGGAGUUCAUGUUUGAUGACAUGAUGAGGAUCAAGACCUGGCACUUCAGCAUCAGACAGCACCGAGAGGUGCUCCCCAGGAGCAUUCUGGCCAUGCACGACCCUCAGAUGCUGGACCAGCUGGCUAAGAACAUCACCAGAUGUGGUCUGUCCAACUCCACACUCAACUACCUCCGGCUGUGUGUGAUCCUGGAGCCCAUGCAGGAGUUGAUGUCCAGACACAAGACCUACAGUCUCAGCCCCCGGGACUGCCUCAAGACCUGCCUCUUCCAGAAGUGGCAGAGGAUGGUGGCCCCCCCAGCCGAGCCAGCCCGCCAGGCCCCGAACAAGAGGAGGAAAAGGAAGGUUUCCGGCGGCAGCACCAUGAGCGGAGGAGGGGGCAAUAACACCAACAGCAACAGCAAGAAGAAAAGCCCCGCCAACACCUUCGCUCUCUCCACCCAGGUACCUGACGUGAUGAUGGUGGGAGAGCCCACUCUGAUGGGAGGGGAGUUUGGUGACGAGGACGAGCGUCUGAUCACGCGUCUGGAGAACACGCAGUUUGACACGGCCAACGGGCUGGAGGACGAGGACAGUUUCAACAGCUCGCCCGCCCUCGGCGGGGGCCACUCCCCCUGGAACAACAAGAACCCCAACAGCCAGGAGAGCAAGAACGACAACCCCGGCUCCCAGGCCUCUCAGUAGGCCCUGCUCAGCCCCCCCUGCCCCCUCCCCCCCCCCAGCCUGCUGUCUCGGUACAGCCCACAGCCCUAGUACAGUAGACAAGCUCACUGGUGGCUCACUCUUCUGUUCGUGGUUGUGCUGGACCUGUACCGGACUGUUCUUCCACCCACCCUAGACUGACUGGAGCGUGGAGGAGAGGGUGGGGCAGAUAGGAGGGGGUGGGUCGGACCUUUUUGUUUUGUUUUGAAGGAGGAGGGUAGGAUGGGGGGGAAGGAUGACAACAUGGUAGAGAUUGUGUGGUAGCUGUGACGACAGUUUCAGACCAUUUUUGGCAACAUACUCAUAAUCACCGGCUCCCUCUCUCACUCUCGCACAUGCUCAGUGGUACUCAGCCCCGGCUCUCGUCUCAUGGCUCCUAGCACUCCCCAAUUCUGUGUGUGUGCGUGCAUGUGUGUGUGCCAGACAGACUGCCCAACUCUGUGUCUGUCUCAGAGCUCCGUCUAGCCAGUGAUCCGAGUGCGAGCCUUGGCGGCCAUGUUGGCGGUUCUUGUUCCAACCUCGGGUCUCUGUGUGCGUUUCCUUGACAACGCACCUCUUGUUUGUGUUGUGCUCGUCUCACAGGGAAGAGAAAUGCUUCUUUAGGUCUAGUCAACUCUCAGUCACUAGAUACUAAAACCUCUACAACAACAAUUCCAGUAUUGUGUGCACCACAGCAUAAAUCCAACGCUCAAGUUUUUAAAAACUAAAUUAUUUGUUUUGUAGGACCUGGUUGGAACAAAAACCUGUACAGUGCCGGAGCUUGAGGACCGGAGUUGAGAACCACUACGCUAAACAUUAAAAACACACUGACACACACACACACACACACAUCACACACACACAUUCACACAUGCAUACACUUGCACACAACACUUGGAAACAGAAACCCUUACCUACAUGCAUACACACACACAUACACACACACAGCGUAAGGCAUUGAGAUACUGGAGAGGGUGUUCUCGGCGCGUCUGGACCUCAGCACCAGACGCUACUGAAGUGGGUUGAUUACUUUCUAUGUUCUUAAUUUUACUUUCAAUGUUUUUAUUUUUAUAACAAUUUCUUAAGGAAUAAACAGACAAGCAAGCAAACAAGCUAAACAACAUGAUAAACACCCCCAAAUAUUCUUUGCACUGUUUUCCACUCUUAUCUUCAUUCUAUUUUUAUUAUAAAUUGAAGACAUAUUUUGUUUUUUCUAUUAUCGCUGAUAUAAGAAUGAAAUAACAAAACAUCUGGAACAUGUCAUUGGAGAUGAGAAUCUACGGUAUUAUAUAUGUUGUAUAAAUAUUACUGUUAAGAUAAUUUGUACACUGAUGAUGAUGCAUAUUAUUAUUGUUAUGAUGCUUCCAGCUUCCAUGUACGUCUAUGCUUGAUAUGUCAUCUGUCAAUGUCAGACGAUGUAUGAUUCAGAUUCGCUUCUUAAAGGAACCGUCCACCCUUUGUUAAUGUAAUGCUGAAUCAGGGUUGGGGGAGAGAGCUGCUAUAUAGACAAGGCUCUUUAAAACCAACACACUAAUGACCAAGGAGAGGGGAUUCAGAAAGCACUUGUGCUGACGAUAAAUGUUUUUUGGUGAAUACAAUAUGAAAAAGAACGAAAACAAAUUGUUGGAAAGAUUUAGUCGUCAAUUUUACCGACUAAAACGGAGAGGGUGUUAUUAAGGUGUGCAGGUGAUCUGGAACGCCUCCCCUGGGACUGCAGCUGCUCUGUGCUUCGCUGAGCUCCCCCUCCCUGGCUGACUGUACAUGUCUAAACUCUCACCUCCAUCCAGACCCCCAGGCCCUUCUGCUCUCUCUGUCUCUCUUUCUCUCGGUCUCCCUCUUUCCAAUUUGCUACUCCUGAAAGUUUUGAAAAAUACAUUUUGACAGCAUUGUUGUAAGAUAUAAAAUGGAAAGAGUAAACAAAAAAAAUAAAAUAAAAA